AUGGAUAGUUUUUUUCCUAUUAACAUAUAUGAUAAAUUUCUUAAACAAGGCAGUAAAUUAUUAGGAUUCGAAGAAAAUAAUAUCCGCGUUGUAGUUGGAUUAGACUUUGGAACAACCUACUCUGGAUUUGCAUAUUGCCAUGUUAGCGAUGAAGUCAAUAUAUGUUCAAAUGAUAUUUGGAACGGCAACGUAGGUCAAUUAAAAACAAAUACGGUUCUUCAAUAUGACGAUGAAUAUGAUAAUGUAAAACUUUGGGGUGCACCAGCUCUAGUUAAAAAGCAAGGUCGUAGUAGAACAAGAAGACAAAAAAAUAGUGAAAAUGAUAAACCCGUUGAAUUGUUUAAAUUACAUUUGGGCGAUUUAUUAGAAGAACUUAAACCAAAACUACCAGUUGAAUACAAAAAAGCUAUUACCGAUUAUCUUAGAGAAAUCGGAAAGGUAAUUAAAGAAAUUAUCGACACACGUUGGCCAAACAUUGAUUACUUUGAAAACGUUCUUUUGAUUAUUACUGUUCCUGCAGAAUUUUCUGAUAAGGCGAAAGCAAUUAUGAGAAUAUGUGCAUUUGAUGCAGGAUUGAUUAAAGAAAAAUAUUCAACAAAUUUACAAUUUACUACAGAACCUGAGGCUGCUGCGAUAUAUUGCAUGAAAAAUCUUGAAGGACAGAAUCUCGCACAACCAGGAACUAAUUUCAUGAUAGUUGAUUGUGGUGGCGGUACAGUAGAUUUAACAACUCGUAAAUUAGUAAGUCAUAAUCAAUUAGGUGAAAUAACUGAAAGAUCUGGCGAUUUUUGUGGAAGUACUUUUGUUGAUGUCGAGUUUAUUAAAUAUUUACGAAAAAUACUUGGAGAUGAACCUAUGGAUUUGCUUAGAGACAAUAACUAUGGACAAAUGCAAUAUUUGAUACAACAAUUUUGUAAUGAUGGUAAAAUUCCUUUUACAGGGGAUGAUCCAGACUUUCUAUAUGAAUUAGACAUUCGAGAAACGGUUCCAAUCUUAGAACAACAAUAUGUUAUUGAUGAUGAUAUCAGGAAAACUUUGGAUAAUGAUGAAUGGAUAAUUGAAAUUGAUUUUGAAAUUAUGGAAUCAAUAUUUAAACCUGUUAUCCAAAAAAUUCUUCAAUUAAUAAAAACUCAACUGGAUAAUGCACAUGAAACUUGUUCUGCAAUGUUCUUAGUUGGAGGAUUUAGUGAAUCAAAAUAUUUACAAAAGAAAAUCAAACAAAAGUUCAGUAGUCAAGUUAAUUUUAUUUCAGUACCUACUCAACCUACGGCAGCAAUUUCACGUGGAGCAGCAAUUUACGGAUUAUCUAUAAAAUUAAAUGAUUUGAAUAAUGUAGGAAAUGAUGACAAUAUGAAAUGUGUUAUUUCUUCAAGAGUUCUUAAAUAUACUUACGGAAUUAAAGUUAUACCUAAAUGGAAAGAAGGAGAUCCGAUACAUAGAAAAGUCUACGGUGACCGUAUAGAAAAAUUUGAUUGUUUAGCUACACGUGGUACUAAAAUGGAUAUUAAUCAAGAAAUAACUAGCACUCGUACACCAAUUUUUUCGGAGCAAAAAGAUAUGCUUUUUGGAUUAUAUUAUACAGAAGAGUAUGAUGGGACAUAUUGUGAUGAUCCUGGUAUGAAACUUCUAGGAAAUUUUAUUGUCGAUUUGCCUGGUUCAGGAAUUGGCAGAAGUGUAUUAUUAGGAAUAACUUUUGGGAAAAUGGAAAUUAUUGCUACUGCAAAGAACAAACAGUCUGGUCAAAGUUAUAAAACUACUUUUAAAUUUAACUUUGAUGGUUAA